GGGGUCAGACUCGGCUUUUAUUUUGAAGCCUGGGCUCUGCGCGUUUUGAAGUUGAUUGGAAGGAGCUUUCGGCUGCUCUGCUGCGCGUUUGGCUGCACAUUCAGACCGGGGCUCCAUGGAUGGACAGAAGCUUUAAUGAGCUGACACUGAUGUCACCUCUCCGCGGUUUAGUGAAUGGAUUCUUAUCGAUCACCUUUGAAGAAGACUAACUUAGCGCGCUACGGGGAGCCACAGACUUUACGCACGGGGGAAAAGGGACUUCGGAAGCGCAGGCGUAGCAACGAGCUCGCCGAAAGGACAUUUAUUUUAGAGACAUCCUAAAGCCACGAAAGAUCUGGAGAAGUUGUAUCUGACUUCAACCUCUCUGUGCAAUGAAGACCUGAAGGCGGGCGACCCAUGUGUGUCCAACCGAACGCACACGCUGAGUUUCACACCUCUGUGUUGCGCGUGUGUGUUUGAAGCUCUGCGGAGCUGAGGACUGAAGCCAAACAGGAUGGUUCAAAAGUCCACUUCAGUGUGCCUGUUGGGAGGCUUUUUAGGCCUGUUUCUGAUGGCUCCAGUUCUAAUGACCUCCACCCCAGCAAGUAUGUGCACCCCCCUGAAGACGCUCAACGACAGCCUCAGCCACAGGAGACGAUACAUGAAGCACAACUUCCCCAUCAACUACUCCAUCAGGGUUUAUCGUGAGGAAAUCUUUAAACUGUCAAAUAUCAGCAGAAUGAGGUUAAAGGUGGAGGAAUUGGACGAUCUGGUUCUCCAAAGGCUGUGGUUUCAAGUUAACCAGGGCGUGUUAAAAAAGAUCAUCCGGGUCAUGUCAGAGAGACAUCCCUCGCGUUCGUACACAGCGGAGCUGGAAAGACGCUUCAAAGAUGUUGAGGGAGUCUUUGUGCAGUCACAUCCCGCUGAGGUGUUCCAGCAGGAGCUUCCAGAGGCAGUUCAGGACACCUGGGAUCAUUUAACAGAGGAGCCUGACAGAGUGCCGGAGACCGACUGGAGACUCGUCUCUCCAAAGUCUCUAGUGGACAACUUGUGCCACACCAUGUACUGCCUCUUUAGCGAGUGCUUCGACACAGAGACUCGACAGGACUACUGCGGAGUUUCCCGUUUGAGGAGAGGCAAGAAGACCUCCAGCAGGAACACAGACACAGAACCAGCAGAGUGACACUCAUUCUGUGGACAACCCCAGACAUUACAACCAUCUCUAUUGAACUGCAGGAAGGCAAGCAAAGGAAAAUAAAUCCCUAUGAACAGACAGCAGAGUCAAGAUGGACUCGUGGACCUUAAAAGCGAAAGCAGACUGAAUAUGUUGGCACAAUAAUGGCUUUCGUGGUUAUUUAAUGAAUGCAUGGACUUCUAUGAAGCGUUUAUGAGGCUCAACGUUUGGGAAGAAGCUUGCUUACGAGAAAGUCUUGCAAUUCAGGAUUCCUUCAGUUUAAUUAUGAGAGAGACUUGGAGAUAUUUUCUUUUAUAUAUCAUUGCCAAAAGUGAUUUAUGAUGGAUACAUUAUUUUUUACUUAAUCCGUGUUUGCAAAAGCAACUUGCAAAGCGCUUUUAGCUGUAAAAAUGCCAAAACAAAGCUUCUGGACCCUACCGACUCCUAUAAAGAGACAAGUCUUUUACAAGCUGCCCGUUCAAGUAUCAAACUAAUUGCAAGUGUUUUUACAAGCCUGCUACCAGCUGAGCUGACACAUAUCCAAACCUGUCCAACAGUAUUUUAUGCAUCAAAGAAGAACCGUAGCAAGUAACAAAACACGGAUUUCCCAUUUUUCAACCUAUAGGUUUGAUGACCCUUAAGAUAUGAGAAAGUCAAACAUUUCAAGCAAAUGUCGGAGGAUAACACCAAGGUGACACUCAAGUCUUCUUUGAAGUCUUUUCAGUCUAAAAAUGGUGCAUGAAUUGCGGAAACCUGAGAUAUUUUUACCCACGAACUCAGAGGUUACUCCUACUGCCUAAACUGUUGUACCUUCAAGCUGUUUUUCUUCAGCGUGCUCUGAUUAAAACUUUGAAGUUUGUCGCCACUACCUGUCAAGAAAAGUUCUUAAAGUUGGGACCUUUUUUGUUUCAUCUCCUGCUCUGAGGAUUUCUUUGCUCACCUGGCUUCAUAGCAAGGAUCUACCAGGACAACUCCUCUGAUGUCAGGAAUUGGCCGAUGAAUGUUAACCAUUUGGUCUCAUUUCCCAGCUCAUGGACUGACGCGAUCUAAGGAGGAUCUGCCCUCCAGUUGUGAAUUCUAAAACCCACAUCCAUGUAAAGUCGACGUUGUUUUAGCUGAACGAGGAAACUUCCACUCAAAGAGGAUUGUAAAGUUGCAAAAAGGUGGAAAGGUAUCUGGAACUGUGUUUUCACCUUUACAUUACAGAUGGAAGCAUUUUGCACACGCUUGUAUUCUAAGCAACAUACAAUUACUUUUUCAUUUGGAACAAUACGCGGUGUUAGGUUAGGUAAUCUUGAGAUGUGAACUCCAGAGAAGCCUAAUGUUUUUGGUUGCAUGUUUACUUUACUGAUCUGCGAUGCCACUACCCAACUUUAUAGGAACUGAACAGUCCUUAAUCUGAUAAAAAAAAAAUCUGUAAGAGUAAAAAAAAGGGGCUGAAAAAAUGCAACAGCAGAUAUGAUGCUACCAAGUCAAUCGAUCAAAGUGGCCAUGGUCUUGGCAGGUGGGAUAUUGAUUUAGUUCAGCUGACAAUUUUGCCAUCAGAUUUUUUAUUUUUAUUUUUUGAGUUCAAACUCAACUGUUGAUGCUACCGUCUUGAUCAACUGUCACCAAACCACAGGCUGCCUAAAAAAAGCAAAUAGGUGGGGCAAAUGGGUCUGACAGUUGUUCGAACACGCCCAAUAGGUUCUUCCAGGACCUGAGGAUUCAACUGUUACUCGUCCUCAAGUCCUUUAGUGCAAUGUCAAUCAAAAAUGCAGAACAAAAUCAUGACAUUCAUAAAAAUUAUUAAGUUUAAGAUGUUAUGCAUUUUAAAUAAACAGAGUAAAAAUGUAUAACUAAUCUAUAAGUGUUUUUAUUUGAACUGUAUAACAACUAACCUAGCAGUUCCAUGGUUAACCUGGCUGCUGCAACUGUUUUUUUAGUCUCAAGCUGGUUGGAUAAUUUGGAUCAGGGUAAUUCAUACCAGCAACUGUGAUACAUGGCUGUCUGUGUUUAACACAUCCCAUGUUUCACCUCAUCUAGCCACGACUCUCAAAUCAUGUCUUUAGCAUGUGAAAAUUUCCACCUAAAAUCAGACAAGUGCUAGGUGCUUUUCAUUUUCGAGCCGACCCACAUGCAUAAAUUGUAACUUAACACAUUGUGGCUGUUUUGUGUCGGCAUAAAGGAUCAGUCACUGCAAAAAAAAAAGAGAAAAUCCGGAACACCUGGACUGAGAAAAUGAGCCGGCUGAGGUUGUGUCAAAUCUGAUUUAACGUAGGAAAGCUUGUCUGGAUGCAUCACUGUUUCCACUACAUCUAUGUGGCCUUUUAGCUAAAUCUGCUCUAGACCAAAGAAAAGUGAAUGAUUUAUUUUCAUUAGCUUUUAUCUCACAAGGGGUUUCUUUGUGUGAUGGGAAGCCGUUUUAGAUGUUAGCCUCUUCAUGAUUGGACAUUGAGUUUCCUAAAAGCCAGACAUCUUUUUCAGCUUAAUACAGCAAAGCACAAGCUCAGUUAAAUAAAAUCCCACUCCGAUCAUGUUUUGAUCUAUUUUCUCAGCGUUCGCAGUGGUCUUAUAAUUAUGAUUAUCCCAUUUUUAGCCAAAAUAAAAAAAAACGUGUUGUUUUCUUGAACAUAGUUUCUGUAGAGCGACAGUAGUUCAUUUGACAUUUCCCUCAAAGUUGUGGGAGCAACUACGUCCCCUUCCCCCUCCUGUUGUGGAGCAGAGCAGGAACUUGUGACCUGCUCAACAUAUUUUCUAUGUCACAAAUUAGCUCUUUUUCAAAGGCCAUUGUUUCGUCUGCUCUUGAUACACAAGAAUUUGAAUAAAGAAAUAAUCGGCAAUGCAAUUUUAAGGUUUCUUUUCUAAAUCCAUCAGAAAAAUGGCGCAAGAGCCUUUUAAAAACCUGAUAAUCAUCGGAGUGGGUCUUAAACGUUUCACUGAAAAACAAAAUCAAUUUCUUUAUUUCUAUGAGUCUAAAUAUCAGCCAGCUAUGCAUCAGUUGCAGCUUAAAAUGUCCAAUUCCUCUUUACUUUAUUGGGAUGUAUAUUGGACUAUGAAUUAUAAUUAUGGAUUAAUAUUUUAAAAAUGUGAAUAAUUGCAGUCAAAACUGAUGAUUAUAAUAACACCCAAUUAGACUGUUCAGUGUCACGACACUGUUCCAGUCUAACACUUGGUUUGGUAGCAGCCUUAACAACUGUCAGGAGACACACUUGUUUUAUUUUUCUGCAAUUAAAAUCUGUGGGUAUUGGUUGGAACCGUUUCAGAAUUAGAGAAAACUUACCAAAAUUGGCACACACCUCAGGUUAGGCGAGAAUUGCGAUAAGACGAGAUGAAAGGACUGUUUUCAUCCCACGGGCUGCAAGGUGGUGUAGGGGUUAGCAAUCAAGUCACAACAAGAAGGCCUGGUUCAAAAAACUGGUAUAGGUCCUUUCUGUGUGGAGUUUGCAUGUUGUUCAUGUGCAUGUGUGGGCUUCCUCCCACACUCCAAACAUGAUUCAUAAUUGAUGAUUCUAAUUUGUCCCAAGAUGUGUGUCUGUGUGUGAAUGUGUGGCUCUGCAACAGACUAGCAAACUAUCGAGGGUGUACUCCUCCUUCAGAGUACUGAGGACAGGCUCCAGCGACCCCAAAAGAGAUUAAGUGGGUUCCGAAAAUGGCUAAAUAAUCAUCCCAGUACCAGAAACGGCAAAAUUGGGAUAAUCAGAACAUUUUCACGUUAACUUCUUCUUCUUUCUCUUUCGGCUUUUCCCAUCAGGGGUCGCCACAGCGAAACAACCUCUCAUUCGAGGAAGAGUUGCUUAACAUUUUCACGUUAACAGACCCUGAAAAUCAAGCAAACCUAUUUUUUUGUAUUAAAGCAUAAAAACUGUUAAAUAUAUUCCUCUGUGCGGUUGGCGUCAUCUUAAGUUAGUGUUGCAAACCUGUCCUGAGGGGGGGUUUAAACCUCCACACCUGUGCCUUUUCUUACUUCAGAUGUGAACCCUUAAGUUGUCACAAACCUCUGCUUUAUGCAAAACGUUUCCUUAAGCAGAAAAAAGAAGGUCUGACCGUUAAAAUGUUGGAAUGUAGAUCUUUUCUUUGAUGGACACAUCAAAAAACAAAAAGAAAGCUUGUCCCAAAUUGAGGAAAGCCAUACAUAGUUAUUGCUAAUUAAUUUUAAAAGCGCUAUGCUGAGAAGACAUUGUUAGUUGUGCAAAAUUAGGCAAUUGAUUUACCAACACCAAAUUUGCCAAAUGGAUUUAUUAGUACCUACCAGUUAAAAAGAAACAUGGCUGCUAUGAGCUUAUCACCUGUACCGAUGGGCAAGCAGAUGCCAUUUGGGUGACCUGUUCAGAUUCACCUGGUUUUGUGAUGCCAAAAGCAGUUUCAGUGGUGGAUGACACUGUAAAGGCCUUUGGAGGCUUAAUACAGGGCCGAGCAUGGUCUGCAAAUGAGGCCAGGGCUUUUCCACAUGAGACUUGUUUGUUUAAUCAGUUCAUGCUCCGCAUGGAUAAGUUACCACUUCAAUAAAGGAAACCUUCCAAAAAUGUUCUACGUCUGUGUGACAAUUCCAGUUAUUUUGGUUUUCAGGUUUUGUUUUAUAAGAUGAAUUUUUGUGUAUUUUGUGUAAACUGAUAGGAGCUGAAAACUAUUCGCUGACUGCUGAAAGCACUCCCUGUUUUCCUAAGCGCUCUGUCUUUGUAUGUGAGGGCACUUCAAUUUCAUGCACAUAAUUCAUUUCCUGUCAAAUCCCAUCAAGCGGGUUCAGUCUAUGGUGUAAGGCUUCUUUUGAGCUUACUUUGUUUUUGCACACUUUAAACCAAAGUCAAUUUUAUAUAAACCUCCACAGUGGUAAGGGUUAGAACUAAAUCAUGUGUUUUGACAUGGCCUUAACUUUUUUGCUUGGGAAAUUUUGUUCUAAUUUCAUGGUAAUUUCUGGUCUUUUUUAACUAAACUAUCAUUUUAAUAUUAAAUUUAAAUAUUAUUUAAAGAAAUCAAGGACAUGCCCAAUUAGAUAUGUGGUUUUCAGAAGUUGGAUUAAAUGGAAAUGUAUUUAUUGUGCUAUUUACAAAACUGUUACACUUUGAGCUUAAGCUUUAUUGAAAUCCGAUUUACUAAUAGAAUUGGAUCAAGUAAUGCUUUGUGGCAGUUUUCAUUUUGAAUAUAAGGUAAGUGUAUGCAGAGACUCAUAGGUCAGAAGGAGAGAACAUGGAUUUAUGCUAUAAACAAUAAAAAUGCUUUAAGCAAAUUCCUGUAUUCAAAAACAAUCUGUACUGUGCAUGACGACUGAUAACUGUUGGUGUCUUUCUAUAAAUCUGUAGAAUGUAUUUUUUUAUCACGCUUUAUCAAUCACAUGUACCUGUAUGGUUGUGUUUUUGUAGUGAGAGCCUGAGGUGAUGGUAAAGACAACAUUGUUCGCAGCUGCAUGGCGAAAACAAAUGGGAAACUGCAAACAUCACAGACGUUAGAAACUGAAUGUUUUAGUAUACAAAAUACUGAAUAUUUAUUUUUUUUGUAAAAUAUAAUGCUAUGUGACAUUGCUUUUAUGAAAGAAAUACGAAUAUAAAUCAAUAUUUUUUAUCAAUUA